AUGAUGAGGCGGCAAACUUAUGUUUGGAGCAUCUUCACGGGUGCGUCUGCCGCGUACCGGUGGUUUCCCCCGAGACGCGAAUGUUUUCGGUUUGCGGGUGCGGAAGCGAAUUCGGCUGGUGGUGGCGCCGGUGCCUCAUCAGGUGUUCACCAAACGGUUGCGGUUAAUGCGGCACCGGAGGGUUUCUGGAGAUGUCUUUUCUCAUCAUGGCAGCAGGGCCUUGUCGCGAGUAUUGGCGCAGUGACGGGUAUUGGCGCCGUUGGUUUCUUUCUUUAUGUUUCCAUGAAAGAUGAUACCGUUCACCAUACAGCCGCGGUGGCUUCAGAGGCUUUGGGGGAUGCGCGUUUGCGCGAGCGGGCGACGAAUUUGUCAAAAGAGGUUGUAGAGAGUGUCUUGAAGGAUCAAAAGUCGGUGGAACUUGUUGUUGGGUUAGUGGUGCGGGUUCUGCAGGAGGACGAUAGCAUGAUUGCCGUUUCUUCGUUCCUCCGGUCUUUAUUUGAGGAUCACUACACGCAGGAGGUCACUAAAAAAUUCGUACUUAUGACGCUGCUUGACCCAUGGAUACAGGAGCAGGUGCGCUUGAUUGCGAAGGAUCUUGUAAAGGGACUCCUGCGGGAUCCCGAAGUGAAGAAGGCACUUGUUGAGUUUCUUAGUGACUCCGCAGCCACGUCGCUACAUGAUGAGAGGUUACACUACAACAUGGCUCAUGCUGUAAGGUCAGUCGCUAAGCGUGCCGUUAGCCCGUUUACGUAG